ACAAAGGAAGAUGAACGCAGUUGCGUUCGGCAAGUCAAAGUGUGCGGGAGAUUUCAUUCCAGCGGACAGUACCGAAGAUAUUUAGCAAUAGUAGUACAUCAUUUCGUUACGAUACGCUGAUAUAAAAAUUGAUCAGUCACAGUUGAUCAGUUUUAUAUAGAUCACGUUAGCGUUUCGGCUCUGAUAAAUUGUUCCAGUUCGACGACACGUUCUUCGACGCAAAAUGCGUAAAUCGUUAGUUUUGAUGGUUCUGAUCUUGUCUGGAGUUAUUGCACAAAGUUGCAAAGACAACAAGGAAGAACAAUGCCCUGCUACAACUCCGGUUCCUUUUAACCAGGAUGAAAAUUGGAAUUUGGCUACUACGAUCUAUGAUUUCCAUGCUCGAGAUAUCCAUGGCAACGAUGUACCGCUGAAUAAAUAUCGCGGGCAUGUCUGCAUAAUUGUAAAUGUUGCCAGUAAUUGCGGACUGACAGACAGAAAUUACAAGGAGUUGGUACAUUUAUACGAAAAGUAUAGCGAAAAUGAAGGUUUAAGGAUCCUUGCAUUUCCGUCGAAUCAGUUUGCCAGUCAGGAGCCAGGCACUUCGGAACAAAUUCUGGACUUUAUCAAGAUAUAUAAUGUUACUUUCGAUGUUUAUGAAAAGGUCGACGUUAAUGGAGACAAUGCCCAUCCAUUGUGGAAAUGGCUAAAAACCCAGGCAGCUGGAUUCGUGACGGACACGGUCAAAUGGAAUUUCACCAAAUUCAUUAUCAACAAAGAGGGAAAAGUUGUGUUUAGAUACGCUCCACAGACUUCUCCGCUACAAAUGGAAUCAGAAUUGGAGAAAUAUUUUUAAAUUGUUAGGUAUAUUUUUGCAUGCUCGAGCACAGUCUAUUUCGGCGAUACUCUUAUAAUGCUUAUGUUAUUAUGAUAAUGUUUCUAUGUCUUCUACAAGAACAAAUUUUGAACUACUUUACUAUUUUAUUUUUUAUAUUUUGUGUUAACUGGCGUGGCGUUGAAAUCAGUUCCACGCGAGUUCGAUACAGAAUAAGUUUUUGUCCUCUAUUCCUGA